GUUAUAGAAUUAAAUAAGUCAAUAAAUUUUUUGUUUUGUCUUUUGAAGCCGUGAAACCCAUGUAACACCUUAAGAGCUAGUUCUUUUCGACAGAACUACCUGCUUCAUCACUUUGUCUGAAGCACAUAGCGAAUGACAGCAAAAAAAACCUAAGGUUAUGAAAAUUUUAAUACGAAUGAGCGGGCACAAAUGUAGCUUGAUUCGGAAACGAAGCCGACUGUGUCAAAUCUCCGCAUGGCUAAGCAAUGCAUAAGCCGUAUCUUUUCUUAUAUCAGUCAAAAAUUUUCAAAUAUUUCUCAUUGUGCAUUCAGCGCUCAACAACCGUCUACCGUGCUCCAUACUCACAAACCGUUUGCACGCACUUGAAAACUUUUGAAGUUGCUAUUAAUUUACACUGCAAGAGCUUGCAAAAAAUUCGCCAAAAUUAUGACCGACACAACAUCCAGUACCGUGCAGCAGGUAGCAGACAUUGCAGUGCUACGUCGAACAGAAGCGACGGUUGAGCCAGCAGUGCGCACUGUACAGGCCACCAAAUAUCUUUUCAAAGGAUUUCGCGUGCUGGGCAUUUACAUGCCUGAGCGCCGCAAAUGGCUUUACGCGCUUUACUCACUCAUACCGAAUAUGCUGGUCACCAUUUGGCUGCCGCUAUCGUUCGUCUUCAGUUAUGCAACCAUGUCCACGGCAGAUCUGGUGCCGAGCAGCUUGCUCACCUCCAUUCAAGUGGCCAUAAACGUGAUUGGUUGUUCGGUGAAAAUAGUGGUCAUGGCUUUUCUGCUGCCAAAAUUGCGCACCGCAAACGUUUAUAUGGAACGUUUGGAUGCGCGCUGUCGCGUUGAAGAAGAAAUCGCUGAGCUGCGAAAAAUUGUACAGCAGGGUAAUCGUUUCGUCGUACUCUUCGCCAUAUCCUACUGGAGUUAUGCGUCGAGCACAUUUCUCGGCUCGGUGAUUUUCGGACGACCGCCUUAUGCAUUGUACAAUCCCAUUAUUGACUGGCGCAAGUCAAAGCUGGAGUUCAUAGCAGCAUCUCUCAUGGAAUUCGCGCUUAUGGAUGUCGCCUGCUUCCAACAGGUGGUGGACGACUCUUAUGCCGUCAUUUAUGUGUGCAUACUGCGUACGCACAUGCAUAUUUUAUUGAUGCGCCUCAAGAGGUUGGCCACCGGUGAUGAAACGAAUUUAAAGGCGAAUUUAGAAGAGCUGAAGCUUUGUAUCAUUGAUCAUAAGAACCUGCUAGGGCUCUACGACGUUGUGGCUCCCAUAAUUUCCGUUACAAUCUUCAUACAAUUCAUGAUCACCGCUAGCAUACUGAGCGCCACGCUCAUCAACAUCUUCAUAUUCGCCGAUCAGCUGUCGGCACAGAUCGCAUGCUGUUUCUACAUACUGGCUGUCGUUGUUGAGAUAUUUCCGCUAUGCUACUAUGCGCAGUGUCUCAUGGACGACAGCGAACGCUUGUCGCAGCAGAUAUUUCACGCCAAUUGGAUCGCACAGGAUGCGCGCUUUAGGAAACUGCUGGUUUUCUUCAUGCAGCGCACGCAACGUGUUCUGGAACUCAAUGCGGGCAAAAUAUUCCCCAUAACGCUGGGCAGCUUUCUCAAUAUCGCAAAAUUCUCGUUCUCAUUGUACACGCUGAUCAAGAAAAUGGGUAUCAGAGAGCGCUUGGGACUGGAGUAGCGUCGUGCAAAGUAGGAAGUAUGUGUCAUUUCAAAUACAAUGAAUGAAAACACUGUUA